GAGGUUUCGACCUUUGUUUGCUAAUGCUGACUUUGCCACUGUGAUUUAUGCUCUUGCAACUUCUAGACCGAGCUACCGCUGUGCAUUUCACCCAGGUUCACAUCUCAAAUCCUUUCAGAAGAUUACACUGCUGAAUAAAGCAACAGCUUGCUGGAAAAUGAAAUAUUUUGGUGAAGCAUACGUACGCUCCAGUGUGCAAG